ACACCUCACACGGCGCGUUGAGUCACGACAACGUGAUCCCUGUGAUGCAGUGGCGUUGCAGGGUUCUCUCACUCAUGUCCCGUACGCCGUCUCCACCACCACUUCGUCGUCCCCAUCGAGCUCAUCAACACUCCUCACGCUCCAUCCGAUACAAUGCCCCGGGUCGCCAGAGACGGUCGAGCUCAUCAGACGAAGACGCAGACUCCGCUGUCGACCCCAGCCUCUCGUCGUCAAUCCUCCGAACCCCACCCGCAGUCACAUACACCAGCGCAAACCUCGCCGGUCCCAGUCAAACGAAAGCGAAGACGCUGAGGCGGGACGCGAGUGGGUCGGUCGAUUGCUGGCGCGUCUUGACGAAAGUAUUCGGGCACACGUCGUACAAGGGCAAACAACAAGUUGUCGUCGAGGCCGCCGCGUGUGGCGCAGACGUCUUUGUCCUUGCGCCCACGGGCAUGGGCAAAAGCCUGUGUUUCCAGGUCCCUGCCAUCGCUGAGACGCAUGGCAUCACGCUAGUCGUCUCGCCGCUGCUGGCGUUGAUGAAGAACCAGGUCGCUGGUCUGCGCGAGAAAGACGUUACCGUGGCUGCACUCACGUCUGAAACCCCUGCGGAGGAGCGAAAAGAGAUCGUGGACGACCUCUUGUCCGGGAAUCCGCGAAAUCGACUGCUAUACAUCACGCCUGAGAAACUGAGCACGUCAGAGUUCAUAGGGAUCAUGGAUGACCUGUACGACAGCAAGCAGCUGAAGCGGUUGGUUGUCGACGAGGCGCAUUGCAUCUCGGAAUGGGGACACGACUUCCGCGCAGAUUAUCGGCGAGUCGGAAACUUUAGGAAACGUUACGAGGACAUUCCGAUCAUGGCGCUGACUGCCACCGCGACGGCCGACGUGCAGGAAGACAUCAUUCGAAGUCUCGGCAUGUCCGAAGAGCACCUCGUCAAAGUCGUGCACCCAUUCAACAGGGCCAAUCUAUUCUACGAAGUUCGAUACACCUCUGCGCCCCAUGGUCCAUCGCAAAUGUCCGACAUCCACGACUGCAUCUCCACGCUGUACCAACGACGUGGACAGGUCUCAAGCGGUAUCGUGUACUGUCGAACGCGGGCGGGGUGCGACGAGGUCUCUGGUUUUCUUAGAGGCAGGGGGAUCCAAGCCAGACCUUAUCACCGGGGCAUCAACUCCUCAACGCUUGAUAAGACGCUUUCUCAGUGGACACAGGGAGGCGUCGACGUGGUCUGCGCCACCAUCGCAUUCGGGCUCGGUAUCGACAAGGGCGACGUGCGGUACAUCAUACACUACGAUCUACCAAAAAGUCUGGAAGGGUUCUACCAGGAGACGGGGAGAGCCGGCCGGGAUGGCAGCCCUGCAAAGUGCAUCUUGUAUUACUCCAGGGAGGAUGUGGUCAAGGUGAAGCGUUGGGUGAAGAAUGGGAACGCAAACACGAAGUCGAGGGAGGCCCAUGAACGAGCCCUGAAGAGUUUGGCUUCGCUGAUCCAAUUUGCAGAGAGCACGACCGUCUGUCGGCAUAUCGCAUUGUGCCGGUACUUUGGUGAGACGAUCGAAGCCGCAGAGGUAGGCAAAUAUUGUAACCGGAUGUGUGACAUCUGUCGGUAUCCAGAUAAGACCCGGCAGCGGCAUAGCUCGCUGUCGAGUGAAGAGUAUGCCGCUAGCCAGGUCCCUGCUAAUGUCCGCUUCGAUGGCCACGAAGAUGGGCCUGCGAAGUGCCAAGAGAUAGCGUACCCGAAACAAGAUCCAGUGUGGAGCCGGCCUUUGGGGGGCAGGAAGCGCGCUUUCAGGGAUUCGGGCCCGGUUUCGAAGAAGGCUAGGAUAGACACGUCUUUGCCGAAAGUCCUCAUUACAAAGCCGCACAAAAGUGCUGAAGCGCUGAAUAAACCGUACAAGCCACCGUUCGCGCGGUCGAAGGAGAGCCAGAAAGAGAACCUGAGUCACGCGGAAACUCACGAAGACGGCGAGAAGACUGGCUCGAGAGAUGAGGCUUCGUCGGUUCACUGGGAGCAUGCGGCCGCGCCAGAACAGCAAUCCGACCGGGACGAAGCUUUUGCGGGCGGGAACUCGCGGGGAUGCGCUCCAGCCUGUGAUGGGGAGCUUCCAGAAUCGCUGAUCGACGUGGACGAAACCGUCUCAACCAAGGUCCCGGUUGCAACGCGUCGUGAGGCACUGCAAAGUCUGCGCCGGGCGUUGUAUUCGAUCCCAGAUGGCCGGUGGCCAUCUAUUCUCGAAGCUGCUGUUGCUGUUGCUGGACAUCAAGUCUUGGAUAGCACUGCACAGACGUUGGAGAUGUCUGCACUAGGGAUGUGCAGCACUCAAGAUGGGUACAGGAGACUGGUCGACCGCAGUGUGGCUGGUAUUACAGCUCUCCGCUCGGAGGAUGUCCUGGACGAUGAGGAUGCAGAGCUUGUUCUGGAAUGUCUGAGAGAUGUGUUUGCCGACUCGGCUUAGUUGUGACCGGGUUUGAACCAUGUUUUCUCGGUAGAUCUGGACUGAUCGAGGCCGACAUCGGAAAUCAGAGAUGAUAUACGCCACGUGACCGUGUUUCAUGCCCGGAAGCCCGCGUCGCCUGGCAGUAGAGGCUGAGAGAUGUGGGAAUCGCCGAUUGAUAGGACAGGAAUGUUUUUGUACUGCCGUCUAUCUUUAGGCAGCGGGAUGACCAACCUGGAAUGCCCCGCUGACGGAGCCUGGAUCGAUUCCCGGUCACACGGGUUCAUAAGCAUCGGAUAUGACCAAACUCGAGCUUGGCUCCAGCAAGAGUUCGUCGGGCGAAUCGCUGACUCCCUGGCCCAUGAGGUAUAUCUUUUGAAAUCUCCAUUGGCGACGGAUUUGUCCCCCCAUGUUUACUUCUUUUGCUGUCCUUGGUGCAGGGCUCUUAGGUGUUCCUAUCGUCAACGAGCUCCACGCUCGAGGCGUAUCAGUGCUCGUGAUCGCGCCUCCGGGCAAGUGCACCCCGGAGAAUAAACGCCGAAUCCGCGAGGGGAUCCCAAUUGAGGAGGCAGACUACAACGAUGUAGCGGCUGUCGCGCAGCUGCUGCGGGCACGAGCCGUACAGGUCGUGGUCUCUACUGUGUCGGCGGCGGAUGUAGCGCUGCAGAACAGGCUGGCGUCGGCAGCGAAAGAGGCGGGAGUCCAAUUGUUCGUUCCGUCGGAGUUCGGGCUGGUGACUGAGGACAUGCGGCAGAGUGGGGAACACAUUAGCACAAUAGAACACCUCAAAUCUUUAAUGUUGGCGUACGCUCGGUUUUACGUGAGGCCAGAUGCCUAUGACUGCGUUUCUUCCUGAAUGAUGAGCUCAGGCCGGUAUCUUCAUCGAGACGAUUCCUGCGUUGACUGGGCUCGCGGUGAACGGCAAAAUCAACCUCAUCACCGAAGGGGACAUGCCCUGCUCUUUCACAGCUUCGGAGGAUGUCGCAGGUGCGUACGCGUCAUCCCAUCAGCCCCGCCGUCGCAAGGAGACCCAACCGUACGCACAGGGUUCGUAGCGCACGUCCUGACCACUUUCCCACUCGCACUUCUCAUCAACCAGAC